AUGGCUCAUUAUAAAUCUACUUUUUCACCAAAAGUUGAAAUGAGACGCGAGCGGCGUCUACAAAUGCGCAACAUCGUUAAAAGUAUUAUGGAUAAUCAUGUUUCAAGCGAAGAAUCUUCAAGUGAUGACAGUAUUGAUUACAACUCUUCCAGAAAUAUUCUUGAUUCAAUUCAGCUAGAUUCGACAACGUCGCAUGCAACUGCAUCACAGAAUGAUAAAUUCGAAGAAUCUAUAUUGCAAAAUACUUAUACAUUAGAUGAAGACGACGUAUUAAUGGAUGAUUUAUUCGACUGUCCACAAGAUCUCUCACCACCUUUAUAUAACAAUGCGCGUAUAUCUGUCAAAAACGCUACAUAUCAAUUAAUGGACUUUGUUAUGGAAGCGAAUCUCGAUAAAUCAACAACGACUAAAUUAUUUAAACUGGUAAAGAAUUUAUUGCCUAAACCAAAUAUAUUGCCAACAACAAAUACGCAAAUUCUGAAAGUUUUAGAACGGGUGUCACUCUUUCGAUCAAAAUUCUAUUGCAAUGGAUGUUAUGAAUUAUGCAUUACACGAGGCGUUGAGCCCCUGCGAUUUAGUGAGGUUGUUGAUCUGGAUAUUUCAUCACAAAUUAAAACCGUUAUUGAACGGAACACUUCAUUACUUUUUGAUCGCCAUACACUGUUUCAACGCUUUGACGUUCCAUAUGCAGAUCAAUAUCAAUCUGUACCAGCACCAAAGCAGCAACGCAUCACACUUAUUAUUCAUGCGGAUGGUUCACUGCUUGUUCGUACUACAAAAUCUUCUUUGUGGCCAGUGUUCGCUUCCAUUGUUGAAUUACCGCAUCAGCCUACCUUAUAUUUUGUUGUUUCAGGUACAUGGAAAGGACAGGUUCUUUAUCCGUAUAACGAAAAAAACGAUCGUCGUCGUGUUCAUGCAGAUGUAGUUUUAUUGGGAAAAGAAGCUGAACGAAGAUUGAUGCCCGUCGAUGGAAUAAAAGGCGUGUCACCUAUGCUGAAAAUUUUCACAUAUCCUGAUCAAACUAUUUAUGAUUACAUGCAUUUGAUAUGUCUCGGUCACACAGCUACAUUAAUCAGACGAUGGUUGUCUCCACUUGAACGAAGUAAGUUGUUAGAAAUAGAUAAUUUACUUGACGCACUUCGACUUCCUCAUAACAUAAACAUCUCGUUCAAUCAUUCCAUUAAUGAUAUGUCCGAAUGGCAUACGAAGCAUUUCAGAUUAUUUGUAUUGAACAUUGGAUUACCUUGCGUUAUUCCACAUUUACCUCGACUUAAUUCAUCACAUUUUGCAGUGUAUUGCUUAGCAAUUAAGCUGUUGCAUUGUCCAAAAUCACAUCAUGAAAUCAAUCUGGCAGAAUCACUUAUCGAUUAUUAUUGUCGUGCAGCACCAGAAGUUUAUGACCAUUCAAUUGAACUUUUAUCAUUACACGCUCAUUUACACUUAGCUGAACAAGUAAGACGGCAUGGUGGGUUGGGUUUUUCAUCUGCAUUUUGUUUUGAGUCCUGCAUUCGUCACCUCAAAAAAUUAGUUCAUGGAACAAGAGAUCUAGCAUCGCAAGUGGCAUUCUGGUUCGAUCUUCGCACUGCUAUUCAUCGACCACAUUUUCAAUUGCAAUCUCCAGCCGGUAAAACUAAAAUAUUAAUUACAAGUAUGAAAAUGGAAAAAUAUCGAUCUCUAUUAUUAAAUAAUCUGCGUGCUAUAGGCCAUGAUGACAAACAAGUCGUUUUAUUUCUUCGUUACAAAGAUAUGUUCAAUACGUACCAUUCUGUAUUGUACGAUCGACCAUUUAAAUGUGCCAGUUUCAUCGUUUCCUACAAGACUCCAAAUAUAGAUUCAAAUCUUUACGGAAAUAUUGUAUUAUUUUAUCAGUUGAAAGACCAGUUCUUUGCUUUCAUACAGCAGUACAAAAAAUCCAAUACUACGAUAUUUGAUUUUCUUGAUCUACCAGAGGCAAUAUCUCAUUCUCUCAAUGAAAAUUUUCCUCUUCUUCAUUUAUCUGAUUCUUAUGGUAUUAUUCCUGCCGGUUGGAUUCAACAUAAAUGCGUAUCUGUUUCUUUUCAUGAUUCUUUUUGUCUUUCUGAAUUUCGUGUAGAUUUCGAACACGAUUAG